GAGUCUAAAAACUUAGAAUGGGAAAGAUGAUGUUUGUUCAGGCGUUGCUGCUCUGUUCUCUCUACACUGCUCAGCUUCAGGCUUCAACUAACGAUGAAAUUGUUUCUCAUUUAAGGCAAACUGGAUCACAGGUAGGAGAUACAGGAAAUCUAUCUGAACCCCAACAACCAUUUCCACAGGACAUCAAUACUGUACUCAGAGUGAUGAGCGCCGCAUUGGCUGGACUACAGGUAGAGAUGAAGUACCUACAGAGAGAUUAUGAAGCUAAAACAAGAGAACUGGAGCUACAGAAAGAUGAACUUGACAAGCUGAAACAACAGUACCAAGCUCAAGCAGGAGAUCUGAGCAGUGUUGAAGAUCAAGUGGAGGUUCUGAAGAGAGAAGGAGAAGCUAAAACGAGAGAACUGGCGCAGCAGAAGGAUGAGCUGGACAAGCUAAAACAGCAGUACCAAGCUCAGACUGAAGAACUGAUCAGUGUAAAAACCAGAGCAAAUGUCACUGAAAAGCAGCUGGAGGUUCUGAAGAAAGAAGGAGAAGUGAAACGAGUGGCUUUCUCAGCGUCUUUGUUGGACUCUGGUUCAGGAACUUUUGGUCCAUUUAACACGAACACACCACUGGUCUUCAGGCAUGUUGUUGCAAAUAUUGGAAAUGCCUACAACCCAAACACAGGGUUUUUCACAGCGCCAGUGAGAGGAACCUACCACUUUGUGUUCUAUGUACUUGAUCAUGGAAAUCCAUCACAUGGCACAGGUGCUUGGCUGGUCAAGAAUGGAGAACAUAUUUUCAUGGCUUUUGAACAUCAGACUAAUGGGGUGGCCAAUGGCUCUAAUGGAGUGACAUUGCUGUUAGAGGUUGGAGAUGUUGUGUUUUUGCGUCAGAGUUCAAAUUCGAGAAUUUAUGAUAACCAAAAUCACCACACAACCUUCAGUGGUCAUCUGCUUUUCACCAUGUGAGAACCUAAUAGCCUGAUUUUCUACAGCAAUAUUAACUGAGCUAAGUUUACUGUUUUGAUUGUUUUCUCUGUAGUUUAGUUGACGUUAAAAUGAUAAUUAGACCAAAGUAAUCUUUAUUACAUGUUAUGGUUUGACUUUUUGUUAAAUAUUGAUUUCAUUCUUAUAUAUAACAAUGCAGGCAUAACAAAAGACAAAAUGCUUUGUGUAUAAUAGGCUUUAUCACUGUAUAUUUAAAAGUCUCAUCUUUAAAAAUAUUUUAAUUUAAUUUCUUUUUAAAUUAUUCAAAGGUGAAAUUUAGGUUUCUGUUUUCUCAUGCUUUUGUCAUUUUUAUACAGAACACUUUUGGCUGUUCUAUACAUUACUUUAUGAGUUCUCUGAUUUGAUGUGAUUUAUUAUGUGAC